UUCACAAAGAAAUGAUUUAGCAUUCACUUUGCCAAGUUUUCAUUAUUGAUAGCAGACGACAUGACACAGCUGAUCAUUGCUGUUUACAGUUCGAAUCAGCUGGCAAUCGUAACGAUUCGGUUCGUCGGGUGUAAGCAGAAACCGGAAUUUGCAUUCGCAUGAUUAGGUGACACAAACUAUUCACAGAAUGUCUCUGCUUCGAAGAUGCAGAUUCGACAAUUAUUGGCAAUAUAUGAAACUCGUAAGCCCAACGAAGGUUCGCGAGUUACGUGCCUUAUCGCUGGUUAACCUAAAAAUUUCCAGAAAUUUAUGCAAUGUACACACGAGUCCAAAUAUUUCAAACGACAGAAUUCGAAGGUGUCUAGAUUAUUUGGCUAAGGAAUACAAGAAUGAAUUCCACGGAAAUAAUGACCUUUUAGAAUUUAUCGAUUUAAAUGUCUCUGGUAACUUGCUAAACAACAGGGCUCAGCUCGUAGAAAAUAUUCAGAAUUUACAAGAUUUAGUGAAACAAGAUGUAGAGAUGAAGAAAAUGGCUGAGGAAGAAGAAGCGUUGUACAAGGAGCAAUUAAAUGAGCUCGACAAGAGAUUGCUCGAUACAAUAUUGGCCAACAUGUGCAGAGAAUCUUACAAUAGCAUUAUCGUGGAGAUAACAGCGGGCGUCGGUGGUCAGGAAGCGAUGUUGUUUGUAAAAGACUUGUUUGAUUUGUACAUGGGUUACGCCAAGUACUUGGGUUUAACUUACGAGGUGAUCGAUAUGGAAAUGACGGAUAACAACGGCCUGAGACAUGUCAGCGUUAUAAUAUCCGGCGAUGAAGUUUCCAAGUUCAGGCACGAGGGUGGCGUGCAUCGCGUACAGCGGAUACCAGCCACAGAGAAAAUGGGUCGAAUACACACCAGCACCGCAUCGGUGGCGAUCCUGCCGGCGCCGUCGGACGUGGAGAUUGCGAUCAACGACAAGGAUCUGAAGAUAGAAGCGAAACGUGCGUCCGGCGCGGGCGGUCAGCACGUGAACACCACCGAUUCCGCGGUGAGAAUAACUCAUCUGCCGAGCGGCUUGAGCGUAACUUGUCAGGUGCAUCGAUCGCAAGGCAAGAACAAGGAGAUGGCGAUGACGAAGUUGAGGAGCAUCUUAUACGAAAAGCAAUUGAAUAAGCAGACGUCAUUCACGACCGAGCUGCGGCGCAAACAGAUGGGGCUGGGACUCAGGAACGAGAAAAUUAGGACGUACAACUAUACUCAGGAUCGCGUGACCGAUCACAGGCUGCAGAACGGAACUCUUCAUAAUUUAAUCGGGUUUAUGCAAGGCGGAGCGGCGCUGGAAGAGUUGGAGAACAAAUUACAACGGGAUAUACAACAGAAAGUGCUGCUUGAAGUAGUCAGAAAACUAGAAACGCAAUUAAAGUGAAGCCGUUCUUGCCGAAGAAUCAUCAUUUUGAUAAGAGUGUUUUUGCUUUACAUAACUAAAUCAUUGUACAUACCAAGUAAUAAAGUCAGCGCAAUAUGAACAAAUGA